AUGUUCAUCGCUUUUUCCUUAUCGAAUUCUCUGCGUCUCUCAAAAAUCGGUGCCGCCAGGCAAUUUAACAUUCUAAACGCGUCAAACGUUCCCAGGAAACCCUUCAAAUUUGUUGGUGUCGCCAAGUUUCCCAAGCGAUCCUUAGAAAUGGCGUGGCGUUGUUCGGCUGAUAGUAAUGACGGCUUGGUGGAUAAUUUGAAGAAGAACAAGAUCAUACGUUCGGAAAGAGUUGAGAAGGCCAUGAGGUCAGUUGACCGAAAAAACUACGUCAGCAAUAGUCCAUAUACGGAUUCGCCUCAAUACAUAGGCUAUGGCGCGACGAUCUCGGCACCUCACAUGCAUGCUAUCGCUUUGGAAAACCUCGAACCAUUCUUGAAGCCCGGAAUGAAGGCCCUAGACAUUGGAUCUGGUUCCGGUUACUUGACGGUUUGUAUGGAGGAAAUGGUUGGACCCGAAGGAAAGGUUACCGGCAUAGAGCACAUCCCUCAACUGGUGGACAUGGCCAAGUCAAAUGUCCAAAAAGAUCGACCGGAACUUUUAGAAUCCAAGCGGGUAGAGUUCAUAGUUGGGGAUGGCAGAGAGGGGUACGCAGGAGGUGCACCCUACGAUUGCAUUCACGUUGGUGCCGCUGCUGGAACCACACCACAAGCCCUAAUUGACCAGCUUAAGGCUCCCGGUCGAUUGUUCAUUCCCGUGGGCCAUGAUAAUGAGAAUCAGACCAUUUAUCAAUAUGACAAAGAUGUUAACGGAGAGGUUACCAAGAGGUCACUGAUGGGAGUGAUAUAUGUUCCGCUUACUGACGCUCGCAAGCAACUGAACGCCAAUUUUGCGGCUUUGAGGCGCUCUUCAAGCAUGGCUCUACGUUGCGUUUCGUCAAACGCAGGACAGGGCAGAAAGGGUGGUGCGGCCACCAUGAAUACGGCAAAUAAGGCUACCGUUGAAAAUAAAGUUAACGUAACCUUGGAUUUUUGCGCGGCUGUUAGUCUUGGAGGUCUGGAUCCGGAAAUUUUGCAGAUGGUGCCUCAACCCGUCAAAGCCGUACUUAUCUUAUUCCCCAUAAAUGAUGCUCACGAACAACAUAGCAAGGAAGAAGCGGAGCGCAUCCAAGAGAAAGGGCAGGAAGUAUCUUCGGAAAUUGUGUUUUACAAGCAAACCAUUUCUAACGCAUGUGGGACGAUCGGGUUGUUGCAUUCUUUGGCCAAUAACCUCGAUUCCAUUAAAAUUGAUGAUGGUCCACUCAAACAAUUGUUGGAUAAAACCAGGAGUGGGACGCCGUUGGAACGCGCCAAGUUGCUCGAGGAAGACGGGGAACUGGCGGAGGCACACAAAGCUUCGGCCCUGACGGGACAAUCCAGACCCCCAUCGGAAUUAGAUAAAGUCAACACACAUUUUGUGUGCUUUAUUCAAAAAGACGGGUCGCUCUAUGAAUUGGACGGCCGAAAAUCUUCUCCCAUUAAUCAUGGUUCAUGCACUGACUUGUUAUUGGAUUCCGCUAAAAUUAUCAAACAAUUCAUGGAUCGCGUUCCAGGAAACCUUCAGUUUACCAUGAUAGCACUCGCGCCAAAACAAUUUGAUUGA